GUGCCUUCCGAGCGCAUAUUUUCAUCAACCAAAGAGACCUGCACUCUACAGCGCAGCAACCUAUCUCCGACCAUACUCGAGGCGCUACAAGUUCUGAAGUUCACUUACAAGCAAGACCGCCUCAAUUUUACGGAGGACCUGGUAGCUAAUGAGCAGGACUACACGAUAUCUGGACCUGUGACUUCAAGAGCAGUUGACGAGCUAAUGGCUACUGGGAAUCUUCGCGAGCUCGAUCAGUUCCUUGCAAAUGCAAGGGAA